CAGCAGCUCCUUCUAGCAUCCUUCAUCCUUCAGGUACCAGCCAUCUGGGCAGUACUUCAGCUGCGGAGACUGAGACCACCCCUUCAAGGAUCUUGCCUGAGCAUCUCUAGUGACCUUCUCUGCAUUAACUGUCAGUGCUACAGAUAUUUUUAGCUCCAAGUCCUGGCAGGGUGGGGCACCUAUCUGAGGCAGGGUUUGGUGCCCCCUCCCCACUGACCCUACAUCCCUGGCUGCAGCUGCUGUUACUUCAGGAUGAAAGGGGAGACCCCCGUUAACAGCACUAUGAGUAUUGGCCAAGCACGCAAGAUGGUGGAACAGCUUAAGAUUGAGGCCAGCUUGUGCCGGAUAAAGGUGUCCAAGGCAGCAGCAGACCUGAUGACUUACUGUGAUGCCCACGCUUGUGAGGAUCCCCUCAUCACUCCUGUGCCCACUUCGGAGAACCCCUUCCGGGAGAAGAAGUUCUUCUGUGCGCUCCUCUGAACUCAUCACCCCCUCCCAGACCCGCCCUUAGAUUGGAAAUUGUAGCAGUCCAUUUCUACCCGCACUUAUCCUGAGAUUAUCUGAAGCACAAGGCCCUCCUUACCCAUGUCUGCCCCAUCUCCUCACCCUUUCAGGCUUACUCCAAGCACCCUUUACUCUAUCUAUAAAGGGAUCCCGCUAAACUGCCAAAAUCCUGCCUGUUUCCCUCGGUGAUCCAUCCGUUCAGGCAAUGGAGAGGGGGAUGCCCGGGUGCUCACCUGGAGCUAUGAAAAGGUAAAGGCAUUUGAAGAAUAAAGUCAUUCAGAGCCUCAGAGGA